AUGCCGAUAAAGGACAGUGAUUUCGCGGUGCACGAGUCGAUUUCCCAGCUAGAGGAAUCUAAGAGGACUGCGCCUGUGCCUCAGCAAGAGGGACUUCCGGCCCGUACAGAGAUCGCAGGAAACAUUACAGAAGCUAUCACCAAGAGUCGUAAAACAAUCAUAAUUCUGUCUAAUCACUUCCUGAACUCUUACUGGUGUAUGUAUGAAUUCAAUAUGGCAAGGAUGGAGAGUAUUUAUACCCGGAAGGAAAACGUACUGUUUAUGGUUAUGUAUCGACAUGUGACUGCUAAGAUGUUGCCUUUAUCAAUGCUGGCCUUGGUAGAAAGUCGGUCCUAUAUUGAGUACCCCGACGAUCCUCAGGGGAACGUCGUAUUCUGGGACAAAGUAGCUGAAACAUGCAAAAAGCCUUCAGAUUAA